CCACCCUCGUUUGCUCUCUUCACUCAUCUCCUGCCUCGUCUCGACUCGACAUCCACCAUCUCCCUGCUGCCGCUCUCGUACCAAAUCCCAAACCCUAGCUACCCAGAUCCACUGCCUCCCCUCGCUAGCUGUGCCGCGGCGCUCAAUCGCGCGCCCAUGCGGAUCCGCAGAUGCGCCUCCCGCCUGGUGCUCGGUUCCGCCUACGACUUCGCCGCGGCCCCCGACCCGGCGCCCCGAUUCGAGCUCCCGCCCCCGCCGCCAGCGAGGGCCACCCCCCCCGCCGACGAAUCCCACGCUGGGGGCGGAAGCUUCGCGGCUGAGGCUCCCAGCUCUGGGCUGCUCUGCGAGCUCAGCCUGUCGCCAUGGGACCUCAUGAGCCAGCUCGACCUCUCGGAUCCCCAGGAGAAGGAAUUCUUCAUGCUGACUUACUUCGUCAGUGUCCCAUUCCGGGCUAGCUGGCUCCUCCCAACCAACAUGCCUGUCUCCUUCAUCAAGGAGGAGGUCGAGGAGGAGCAGGAGAACGCAGUAGCUGUAGAUAUGGUUGACGAGGUCAACGUCAGACCGCCGAAUAAGGUUGCCAGGAAGAUGGCUCGGAAACAGAUUUUGGCAAAGGAGGGCAAGAAUGCGAGGGAGCAAAAGAAGAAGGCAAAGCUUGAGACUGAAGAAGACAACGGUCUUGCUGCCAGAGAACCAGAACUCUGGAAGUGCAAGAAGAACGAUGGCAAGAGGUGGUUCUGCCACCGGACAGUGAACAAGCCCAACUCGUACUGCUUGUACCACAGUGAUCGCAAGCGUGCGGCACCACCACUUUUGCCAGCAGCCUCCAAGACCUCCUGGAGCUCAAAGCUGCGUAAGAAGAAGGCUGUCGUCGACGCAUGCGAGGGGUUCUACUAUUAUGCCGGGUUCGGACCAUCCCGCAGCAAGAGGCACUUGACAGGCAGCACCCUGCAGGAUAUUCCACUUGCUGAUGAACAGCAGGAUCAUUCUCCACCUACUGAACAACAAGAGAAGGCACCAGCUGCUGAAGAUCAUGCUGCUCCUACACCUGGUGAGAAAGCCCAAACUGAUGCUGCAGACUACCAAGCGGCAGCAGACAUUGAUGAGCCUAAAUGCGAUGACAUGGGUUGGAUUGCCGGCUGCGACGAGGAGAGCAGCGACGACGCAUUCGGCUUCAACGAUGAACCCCGAGCGGUCAGUGUUGAUGGUGAUAUCAAGAGGAAGAGCCCAGUGAAGAAGAGGUGGAGGAAGCCUGUGAAAGCCCGGUCGCUCAAGUCAUUGAUGUAAUAGUGUGCAGGCAUGUACGUGCGCACUCUUUGGUCUCCUGGCUCCGUGUUAGAAAAGAGACGAUGCUAUGUUGAGUAGUACUACUACUAGCUUUUCUCCACUUGGCUAAUUACCUUAGUUACUGUACAAUCUACAGACUGUUUGCAUUUUGUUUAGUUACUUUGGGAAAAUUCUGUUACAUCAUUAGAUGGAUCGGUUGUCUUCCAUCAUGUGUAAUGUGUUUGACAGAAUAUGUUCUCCCUUUUGUGGAAUUGUGGGCAGAUAUGUGGCUGCUCUUGGUAUGACAGUACGUUCGUAUGACAA